CAGGUGACAGGAGGCGGAGGCGGAGGCCGCGCAGGGCCCGCCUCCGCUGCGCUCUCCUUCACGGGAAGUGAUGUGGGGCCGGACGGAAAAAACCGCCAAGCACCCAAAAAAGGCCAGUCAUUUGGGGUCCCAAGCUCCGUUUGGAAGGGAGUGCCUAGGGGAUUGAACACUACGGGGACGCAGUACCUCGAGGACUCAGCACUGCAGGGACGCAACGCCGCGGGGACAGCACCAAAGCCCAGAGCACCGAACCGGGUGAAGCCCAGAGGCCUUCAUCAUGUCAGAUGGGGAUUAUGAUUACCUCAUUAAGUUUUUGGCCUUGGGAGACUCUGGAGUGGGGAAGACCAGUGUGCUGUACCAGUAUACAGAUGGGAAAUUCAACUCCAAAUUCAUCACCACAGUGGGCAUUGACUUCAGGGAAAAGAGAGUGGUGUACAGAGCUAAUGGACCAGAUGGAGCUGUGGGCCGAGGCCAGAGGAUCCACCUGCAGUUAUGGGACACGGCAGGACAGGAGAGGUUUCGUAGUUUGACCACUGCGUUCUUCAGAGAUGCUAUGGGUUUCCUGCUACUGUUCGACCUGACAAAUGAGCAAAGUUUCCUCAAUGUCCGGAACUGGAUAAGCCAGCUACAAAUGCACGCAUACUGUGAAAACCCGGAUAUAGUGCUGUGUGGAAAUAAGAGCGACCUUGAAGACCAGCGGGCAGUGAAGGAGGAGGAAGCCAGGGAACUCGCAGAGAAGUAUGGAAUCCCCUAUUUUGAAACUAGUGCUGCCAAUGGGACGAACAUAAACCAAGCAAUUGAGAUGCUCCUGGACCUGAUAAUGAAGCGGAUGGAACGGUGUGUGGACAAGUCCUGGAUUCCAGAAGGCGUGGUGCGAUCCAACGGCCACACUUCUGCAGAUCAGCUAAGUGCGGAGAAGGAGAAGGGGCUGUGCGGCUGUUGAGACAGCCUCCAGGUGUGCACUGCAGCUGCCCAGAGCUCCUGCCUGUGAGCUGUGCAGCAGAAAUCCAGCCCGCACCGUGAACAACAGUGAAUAACACUGUAUUGAAUGCCAAUUGCUUCUCCUUGUCUCCAGUAAACAUUAACUCAGCAUCCGUUUGUAACUUGUUGCAGCUUUAACGUAUCCAAGAAUUGGGAGAACUAUUUCACAGAGCCAAAAGUGCCUUGUAAAGCCUAGGCCCGUGGUGGCAGGUCAUUCAGGGAUUCAAGAGUUUGCAGCCAUGAAAGGUUGCAUCUGCUGUGCAGAGUGCUGAUGGCACCGCCACCUGCCACAGCACAGAUUGACCUGGAGUCUCAUUAGAGUCUCGUUAGAAGCAUUAGGAUCUCUGGGCAAUGAAAGACUAAUCCAGAUUUAAAAAUCCACACCAUAGUUACCUUCUAGAACACUUGAAUGCUAAUAUUAUGCACACGCUGGACCAAUGUCUUUCAGCGCACUGUCUUUGACACAAUUUGUCAAAGGGAAGACUUACGUUAAAAUUACAGCCAUAUCUGUAGACUGGCUUGCCUAUAGGUGUGGUGGUGGCGGGAAGGGUUUGUAGGACAGGGGUGGGCGAAGUAGUAGAAGCCAGUGAAGUCAGAUUUCCUGGCUCUUGGCUUCAGGGUCAUGGAGACUCAGGUGUUUAUUUGUGGUCUGUUGGUUCAGUCCACGGCUGAGCAUAGCUGGUGCUUCUGCUGUAUGCAUGCUAAGAAACGAUUUCUUGCUUUUCUCUUCAUAUUUAUAUUUUUGUCUGGCAUCUUCAGGCUGUAGUUUCAUUUGUCAAUGCCUAAUCAGACUUUACCUUCAGGCUGGGUGUCAUUGCUAUUUUCCAGUUUGUUUUCUCUCCCAUUAGUGUAAUCGAAGGUAUUUCUUUUUAAUUAAAACACAUGCUUAUUUGCUAUCUGGAGGGAGAGCAGCGUCUGUAUUUAAAAAGUCGCGUUUGUAUGCUAGUUUAGGAAAAGUGUUUCGUUGCCUGUGCUUUCACUGGGAAUGUGGGCAUUUGUGUACUUGUGUAUUUUGCCAAGACCUUGUGUUGUGCUCUAUUGCCUCAGUAUCUUUUUGCCCAAAAAGGGUGGUUUAAAAUGUUCUACAUCGGUUUAAAAUGUUCUACAUAGCCAGGCUGUGGUGGCGCAUGCCUUUAAUCCCAACACUCUGGAGGCAGAGGCGGCC